AUGGCUCAUCAAGAUGCCUUCUCUACGAUUUGUGGCGUACCCACGAAAUACGUCUCCUUAUUCACCCUUGUCCUACAAAAUUCCACCUUGGUUCUUGUCAUGCGAUAUUCUCGAAUCCUGCCAGGUCCCAGAUACCUGAGUUCGACCGCUGUCGUCCUGUCCGAACUCAUCAAAUGUAUAAUAUGCCUGUCCAUUCACAUCCGCGACCAACAGACCCAGUCCCGAUACUCGCGGUUACCCACGCUUUCAGACGAUAAUGUUCCAACCUCAACUUCAUCCGGGUACAGUCUACAUCAACUCUGGAACGAUUUGUUCAGUCUGAAGUCAGGCUUUCUUAAACUCCUUGUCCCUGCCGUCCUCUAUACUUUACAGAACAACCUUCAAUUCGUGGCAGCCACCAACCUAGACGCGGCCACAUUCCAAGUCACAUACCAGUGCAAGAUCUUGACUACUGCACUGUUCGCCGUGGUAAUGCUCGGGCAGAGCCUGUCAUCGAGAAAGUGGCUCGCUCUGGUCAUUCUCACCGCUGGCGUUGCCUGUGUUCAGAUUCCUUCGUCGACCACACCAUUGCACGUCCACCAGGGCAACUAUCUGAUUGGUAUUUCCGCCGUCACAAUCGCCUGUAUAUGCUCAGGCUUUGCCGGGGUCUACUUUGAAAAGGUGCUCAAGGGCGGUCAACAUGGUUCGAUUUGGGUCCGCAAUAUCCAGUUGAGUGUUGGAUGCCUGGGUAUUGCCCUCUUCGGCGCCCUAGUGUGGGAUGGUAAGGCGAUCCGUGAAGGGGGUUUCUUCCAAGGAUACAAUGCCGUUGUGGUUGCCACGGUUUGUAUUCAAGCUGCCGGGGGUCUUAUUGUCGCCAUGGUCAUCAAAUACGCCGACAACAUUCUCAAGGGUUUCGCCACUUCCGUCUCCAUCAUCCUGUCAACGGUUGCUUCGGUCUUCCUGUUCAACUUCGUCCCAACCGUCUACUUCUUGUUGGGUUCGGUCCUAGUAUUCGUGGCAACUUACAUGUACAGUAUGCCGGGCUCACCCAGCGUUGACGCCAGCAUUCCUUUCGAUCCAUCCGAGAAAGGACCCAUACUUGUGGUCGAGAACUACGACGGCGAAGACGGUCUUGAUCUGAAGGCCGGUCCAAGCUCUUUCAGUGAUGAGAGCGAUCUGGAGUCAGGCGACGAAGGGAGCCACAUUGGUUCCAGUAUUUAUGCCCCUGACGACGGCACCCACAGUCGCAAUUUCUCACCUUGUCUGCUGUCGACUUCGACAAUGGAAAAAAAGGGUCUUUCCGAACUUGAUCACGCUCCUUGA